AUGAAUCUCCUUCUGUAUGCUGAACUUACUCUGUGUUUGGUUUUGGUUAUAUGUGCACAAGGUCCAGCAUGCCCAUCUCUAUGCACGUGUGCCUUCCAUGGACGCAACAAUAACAAGGAACUCAGAACAGUGCUUUGUAAGAAUCCAGCUUUGACUGGUAUUCCAGUAGAUUUGCCAAGUGAUACGGUCAAGUUUCGUCUGGAACGAACCUCUGUCUCAAGGAUAUUCAGAGGCGCUUUCUUUUCCAUGCCAGAACUCCUUUAUUUGUGGCUCACGUAUAACUCCAUCACUGUUGUACAUCCAAGGAGCUUUACGAACCUGUCUUUCCUUCACGAGUUACGAUUGGAUGGGAACCUUCUGUCCAGCUUUCCCUGGGAGGGACUUAGGGAUGUGCCUCGCCUCCGAUCCCUUGGACUGCACAAUAACCGCCUGGCACGAAUCCCACCCCUGGCUGCGCGUUACCUAGGCAAUAUCACUUAUCUGGACCUCUCAAGCAACAGGCUGAGCACGCUACCCAAUGACCUGUUUGCACUCUGGCCAUUGAUCAUGCUCAGUGAGACAACUCAAACCCAACGCUCUUUGGUUUUAGGUCUACAGGAUAACCCCUGGGUGUGUGAUUGCAGACUCGCCUCUUUGCUUGAUAUUAGCAAGGCACCAGAAUCCUCUAUGGUGCUGUUGGAUCGCUUCCUGACCUGUAGCGGACCGCCGGUCUUCGCUGGAGUUUCCUUUCAGAAUGUGGAGCUCUCUCGUUGCCGCCGGCCAUACGUGGUGACCUCCGGCACAAAGAUCACAGCUCUGCUGGGCAGCAACAUUCUGCUUCGCUGUGAUGCUAUAGGACACCCCACUCCCACACUUGUGUGGUUCAAAUCUGCCAGACCGAACCUUUAUAACACAGAUGUACAAGACUCGUCUCGAGUGGGAAUUCGCUGGUCGGCUGUCAGUCUUAAUGGAAUAUCCUAUAAAGAUGCAGGAGAGUAUCGAUGCAGAGCGCAAAACAUGGCAGGGAUAUCAGAGGCCAUUGUCAGUCUGAAAGUGGUUGGGAUGAUGGCUGAAAAUACAGACCUACAGCAAACGGCUGCAAAAUCUGAUUAUUCACGAAAGAAACCCAAACCAAAAUCUAAAGUAGGAUCUUUGGUACCUCGAAACAUAACUGGACCACUCUCAGCCUCAAAGAUAAACAUCCCUAAAGAGAUGUAA